AUGGCGAGAGACAGAGCCGACGAGGUUGAGUUGAGCGGCCGCGCCGCCGCCUCCUUGGAUGCGGAGGAAAACACUCUCCACACAGCAGGGGGAGACAACGCUGAGGCGGAUGAAGAACAGAAGCAACUCGAAAAGAUCCUCUCCAACAUGCGCCGGAUUUCGAAUCUCUACAGCGAGGCUGAGCUUCUGCGCGCGGUGGAGGACUACGUCUUGGAUUGCCUCACUCACUUGGGCUACAGCGAACACCGCGUCUUCUCUAACAUUCGCUUGUGUCUGGCGUCGAUCGCCUGCUGCGUUGGCGCCUACGCGUCGUUCUUCGUUCCCCUGCCGAUUGACAGCAUCCAACUCAAGGUCGCGAUUGGUGCGUUCUUCGGCGCUCUGCUCCUUCUCCUCUGUGUCGAGACCUUCUUCGUGAAGAACGCGAUUGCCUGCUUCAAGACGAAGCAGGGAGUUCCAUUCUUCGUCGACUGCCACGUAGACCGCGCCACGAACGACCUUGUUCUCGCAGUCCGCCAGAAAGACGCUUGCCUCUCAACCGCCUCCAGCGUCGGGCGCUUCUUUGACGAGAAGGGGUAUCUGUUGAUUGACACGCUGUACGCGGAGCUUCGAAAGCUCCUGAACGACUUCGAGCAAGGCGUCACUGACGAGACGAAGAAGAAGCCCGCGAAGCGUGGCAAGCGAAGCAAAUAA